AUGGAAGAGGCUGAGGAAAUGGACCAAAUCUGCUUUUCCGGGCUGGAGGGCAGCGCGCUUCACCACUGCGCCGUAAGAGACGAUAAGAAGAAUCAUGCCGUUGUGGUCAUGCAGAAGGAUCAGACCUUGUGUUUCCGUGGUAAGUGCUUCCUGACGUGCCUUUACGGCCGUGUGGAGGUGAUGGGCUUUACCAUAGAAGAGGGUCAGCAGCCAUACCCGCUCUUCUCUCCAGCCUCACACAGCCCCAUCACCGUCAAAGCCACAGACACCGAAAACACUGGUUUGAAUGAGGACACUGCGCACCUGUCAGACAUCCUCAGAGACUAUCUCACGUCAGGAUCCAGGAAGAAGUUGAUUGGUAAAGUGAUUCGGGACUCCUCCAUCAUUUUAUUGGAGCCUAUGGAGUCAACAUUGACAAGAUUUCUGUCCAGUUUCCCAGAUCUUAGUGAAUUAUUCAGUCCUCCAGCGAGUGAACUUCAAUCUGCUGUUCUUGACACUCCACUAAAUGGUCUUGGUAUAAUUCCUCUGUCAAGUAACAUAGAAGGCAUAAAGUGCUCAAAAAGUCUCAAGAAUGUCUUUAACACACUGAUUGAUGCUUGUAAAGGAGACAUGGAUGAUACGGUUAUCCUGGUUUGUGGUGCCAAGAAUGUAGGGAAGUCCACGUUUAUCAGAAUUCUCACUAAUACUUUGUUAAAUCACACUGGGAGUGUGGAGUAUUUGGAGGGAGACCUGGGACAAACAGAAUUUACUCCCCCAGGAUGUUUAUGUUUGACAACUGUUAGUGAACCACUUUUAGGUCCUCCGUUCACGCACCAGUGCACACCAGAGCACAUGAUCUACUAUGGCCAGUCGUCCUGUGAAUCGGACCUGGACCGGUACCUGGAGGCUCUGAAGUGUUUGUGGCACAGACUUCCACAGAGCAGAGAAGGGCCACUCAUCAUCAACACCAUGGGCUGGGUCAAAGGGUUCGGGCUGCAGCUGCUGGUGGAUAUGUUGCGCUUCUUCCCGGUGACUCAUGUGGUGCAGUUGGGCUACGGUGGGACUCAGCAGUGUCCCUCCCUCACAUCAGAGUUCCUGAGGACUGCACAGGGAUAUCAGACCCAUCCUCCGGCUCAGUCUGCUCUUGACGACAUCACAGAGAGCUCCAGUCUGCCCAGAACCUUUGUCCACCUGCCGGUUCAGUCGGAGUUUGAGGGAGUAGGGACGCAAGGGAAAGCGAAACAUCAGCGCACUAAUGAACUGCGAGAGCUGUCUUUGCUGUCUUACCUGAGUCGACUCCAGUCUCCAGACCCUGGACCAGUCAGGCCUCUGCACAGUCUCACUCCCUACCAGGUGCCUCACAGCGCGGUGGCUCUGGGUGUGCUUCACUGUACAGUGCCUCCAAGUCACAUGCUCCAUGCUGCUAAUGGCAGCCUGGUGGCGCUAUGCUGCGUGGUAGAGAAAGUUACUAACAGAGGGAACCCUGUGCUGUUGUCCCAGGCGCCGCUGUGCUCCUGUGUUGGAUUUGGUAUUAUUCGAGGCAUCGACAUGGUGAGAGGUCUGUACCAUGUGUUAACUCCAGUUGAUCCAGCCAUCCUCCGAAAUGUCAACUGUCUGCUACUCGGAGCCAUUUCACUGCCCUCCUGCAUCGUCACCAUACAGGAGUCUGAUGAAGACUUGCCUUACGUCACAUCUAACUACAGUUUCGACCUUACUGGAGCAGGGAAGCUAAAGAUGGUGCCAGGCAAGUGGAGCAUGAACGCUGUCCUGCACAAGUCACCGCAAAGAAGCUGGCUCGGGCUCAAGCUACGACUCAAUGAGAAGCCGGUGCAAGAGGAGGACUGGGUGGUGUGCCAGCAUCCAGAGUGCUCCGAGCGCAGGAGGGCCUCAAAGGUGAGACUCCACCACUGUCGGCUGAGCUACUAA